ACCCACCUAACUGGGGCUAUGGUUAAGCUCCAGGAAUUUCUUGGAAGAAAAGAGCUGGACAAACACCUAGAUGCUGAUGAAGCAAUUGUUCUUGGCGCAGCCCUCCAUGCUGCAAAUUUAAGCGAUGGAAUCAAAUUGAAUCGUAAGCUAGGAAUGACAGAUGGUUCUUCGUAUGGAUUCGUUAUUGAAUUAGAUGGACCUGAUCUUUCAAAAAACGAUAGCAACAAGCAGUUACUUGUUCCACGGAUGAAGAAACUCCCCAGUAAGGAUGUUGUGUCUGGUUUGGCAGAAGCAUCUGAGAAGUAUUCAUCUCGCAAUUUAUCUGCACCUAUCAAAACAAACCUACACUUUUCACUUUGUAGAAGUGGAAUCAUUUCUUUAGAUCGAGCAAAUGCUGUUAUUGAAAUAUCAGAGUGGGUGAAAGUUCCUAGAAAGAAUAUAUCUGUAGAGAAUGCAACUAUUGCUUCAUCUAACAUAUCUGCUGAAGUUGGUGCCGAAAGGGCAUCAGAAGAAAAUAAAGAAGGCUUAAAUUCUGAUAGUGUAGUGAGCAGUGCAUCUAAUACUAACACUAACACUACUGUUGAAGAACCAAUCACAGUUGAUCUUGGUACAGAGAAAAGGCUGAAGAAAAAAACAUUUAGAGUGCCACUGAAGAUGGUGGAGAAAACAGCAGGACCUGGAAUGUCUCUAUCAAAAGAGUCUCUUGCUGAAGCCAAAGGUAAAUUGGAGCUUGACUCUGAAGAAUUUGAGAAAAUAUCUUCUGUAGAUGAACGCCAAUCCUUUAUGGAAAAGCUUGAUGAGAAUGGCUAUACACUGAUGGAGAAGAAGCUACAGCUAACGAGUUUCAAGAACACCUUGAUUCAUGAACAGCUAUAUAUUGGUGAUCCGAUAGUUUUCCGAUAUAAAGAACUAACUGAACGGCCAACAGCAGUAGAAUACUCCCAAAGAUACCUUGGUCAACUGCAGCAGAAAAAAAAACUGCAGCAGGUUAUUCAAGGCUGGGAGGAAAAUAAACCUUGGCUUCCAAAAGAAAGAAUUGAUGAGCUCUUGGGUGAUAAAGACAAGUUCAAAACUUGGUUGAAAGAGAAGGAGACUGAGCAGACGAAGACUUCCGCAUUCAGCACUCCAGCAUUCACAUCUGAAGAAGUAUGCAGGAAGCAUUUGGACUUGCAAGCUAAGGUUGACAGCAUUAAUAAAAUUCCAAAGCCAAAGCCUAAAGUUGAGAAGCCUGUAAAAAAUGAAACUGCCAGCAGUGGGGAGGACAUUAAAGAUUCCAACUCAACCUCUCAGAAUACAUCACAAGGUGACAAACCAGCUACUGAGUCAGAUGCCCCACCUGAUGACAAGGUUGAAGCAGAAGGCAAGAACCAUGACGAAUUACAGUCAAGUUGGUAUGAGUUGCAGGUUUCAUAACCUAAUUAUUGCCCUUUUUAAGUUGGAAAAACUUGCGCAGGCAAAAUGGUAGGAAAGAAGGGGAAAUGUAUUCCGCCUGAGGUUUUACUUAGAUGAAUGGGAAUAGUAUUAGCUUAACCAGGCUUUAAUUUGUCAUUAAUACUAACAUAGUUGAAGGGGCCUUUCUGGGUAAUCUAGUUUGUCCUGGAAAUUUUUCAGCAUUCUGAUGAGGAUUUUCGCUAUAUAAGAAACAUUUAUACUCAUA